AUUUAUUUUAUGCUUAAAGUUAGAAUAGGUCAGGUUAUCUGAGAAUACUUUUUUCUUGCAUGAGAAUAUUGCAAAACCAUCUCAAAAUUAUUGACAUAUUAUUGACAAAUGUUUUUGUAUAGAAAGUUUUAGUUUGAAGUCUUAGUUCUAUCCUCUUCUUGAACCUGUCAGAUUUUGCCACUUGGCUGCUCUUGGUCGCGCUCACUUGUUCUCUCUGGCACGUGAACAUGUCCAGCCCAGUGGUGGCGCGCAACGGCCGGAUAGCUGAGAACUGUGUUGCUACUGCGCAAACACUACUUUGGAACAUCACCGAGGCGCUUGCACAGGUGAGACACAGACACAUUUUCCAACACUAUUCUUGAUGGUAGACUAUCUAUUCAAUUCAUAUCUGUAGCCUAUUCAUUACAUUCGUUUCAAUACUAGGAACACCUGUUCAAAGGAAUAAACUGCACGGACCAGGGUAUGGAGUUGAACACGAGAACACAGACGGUGGAAGUGUGUGCACCAAAGGUAAGAAAAUGACAAUAUUGCCAGAUGACAUUCUGUAAUCUGUAUUCAAAUAUUUCAGACAAUAAUGUGAAUUUCCAUUUACAAGGCUAUAUAACGUCGAUGUUGAAAGCCUUUGCUGAAUAAUAUAUACUUUGUUUUAUAGACCAAAAGCACUCAACAGCACUCAACAUGUUCCAGAGUCACAAAUUUAGAGUUUGAUCAGGUAGGCUAUUUGCUAUUGUCUAUAAAUUACAUAUUAUUGUUGUUGCCCAGAGCAACAGUUCCAUCAGUUUUCCCCAUAAGAAAUGGAAAAGGCAUGUUUAUUUCCAGUCUAAAGGGGGCAAAUCUAACACACUGUCUGCCUGUAUUGUUAACUUUUUUACAUGUAUUGUUCCUGUGUAUCCCAUAGGACAAGUGUCUGAGGAACAUUGAGGAGGAUCUGCAUUGUUAUAGUGACAUGCUACAAGCUAUUGACCCUAAACUGCUUGGACCCAAUGUGCUGCAGAACCUCAGGGAGAUUAAAGAGGUAAAGUCUGGGAAUUACUAUGCCAAAAUACUGGCAUGGAGAGGACAUGACAUAAAAAACAGAUUUUUGAGAUAUUUCUAACACAAUCAGUUUCGUAUAGGAAUGUCACUGUAGCUGCAGGUUUAGGCUACACAAAUAUACUGUCAUAUAUUGCCUCACCCUUUCAUUUGAUUAUUAUUAUUUUUUUUAUAGAACUGCUUCUCCUUGUCUUUGUUGGGAGACUGGUCCUCUCAGCAGGUAAGAGAUUCUCAAAAGCAACCUUGACUAACAUAAAGAGGCCUUUCAGGGACUCAGUCUAAGAUUAGUAGGGAUUACAUUGGGAUGUGGGUGGUGGAAUGAAUGGUCCCUAAAAUAUCUCCUAACCAAAUAUGGUCAUUUGUAUGUCAAUUGUCCGUAACCAAAUAGAGAUAAAGUUAACUUGACACAGUGUACACUAUGUUUCUUUUCAGGAUACACAAGGUUGUAGGCCUACUCAAGGUACUGUUAAUCAAAAUCCCUUUGAUGAAAGGCUACAUCUGUGUAAAGUGCUGAAGGGGUUCCAGGUUCGCACCAUAACCAUCAACAGAAUCAUUGGCUAUAUUCAUGCUGGAGAACACAAUAUGUAAGGUGGCAUCUUCAUCAAGGACCAGGCAGGUGUCUAUGCUGUUGGAGACUAUUCCUCAUCACCAUCAUCGUCGUCAUCACCAUUCACUCAAGGGAAAAAUAAUCCAGUUUUCAUGACCAUAACAAAGUUGCCUUUGUUAAUGUUAUGUCCUGUGGACAAGUGUUCUUAUUAUCAUCAAAUAAUGUAGAAUUUAGAGGAGUCUAAUAUUUAUGACAUAUUGCUAAUAUAUAAGUAUUUAAUCUAGGUAUUUAUUUGUUGAUUUGUUGUUACUUGAAAAGCAAAAUAAUAUUCAAUGUGAUAUUUAUUAUCAACCUAAUGGGUUGUAUUAUUUAUUUGCCUAAUUUAUGAUUUAAAAAUAUUUAUUUUCUACAUAUCAAUUUAACCUAUUUCAAUGUUUACAUCGUUUUUGUUUAAACAUCUGCAAAAUAAAAUAGAUUCCGCAAUGAAUUCAAAUAGUCUAAUGCCAGCUGUUUUAUUUCUCUCUUCGUUUUCAUGGUAUUUCUCUCUCUCUCUCUCUCUCUCUCUCUCUCUCUCUCUCUCUCUCUCUCUCUCUCUCUCUCUCUCUCUCUCUCUCUCUCUCUCUCUCUCUCUCUCUCUCUCUCUCUCUCUCUCUCUCUCUCUCUCUCUCUCUCUCUCUCUCUGUGUGUGUGUGUGUGUUUGGGGGGGGGGGUUUAUUAUCCUUGAGGGGACCAGAAGUCCUCACAAGGAUAGUAAAACAAGGAAAAUUCGGACAAGUGGGGACAUUAUUUUCCCCAAUAAUUUUCCCCAUUAUUUUAGCCUUAGGGGUUAGGUUUAUGGUUAUAAUUAGGAUUAGGAUUUGAAUUAGGUUUAGGGUUAGGAGUUAGGGUUUGGGGUUAAGAUUAGAGUUAGGUUAAAGGUUAGGGGUUAGGGAAAAUAGGAUUUUUAAUGGGAAUCAAUUGUUUGGCCCCCACAAGGAUAGUGUAUGUGUGUGGAAUAUUUUGCCAUAUAUAAUCAAUACAUUCAACUGAGUUAACUGAUGGGAAACUGUAGGCUUUCUUCCAGGAAAAUACACAGUGGUAAACCCAUAUCACUAACUCGGGUGGUCCCCCAACCACACAAUAUGCUCGUUCUUGUAGGCCUACACUGGUCAAUUAUACUCAUUUCACUCGGAAUCAUAGCCUACUGUAUCUGCGUGUAAUAUGUGGACGGUUAUAUGUGUUAUUGUUUUUACCAUCGAGGACCACUUUGGAAACAAGCAUUUUAAUUAAUACUUUCAAAUGAUAUCAUCUGUGUCCACAGUGUACAUUUAGUUGUAUAUGUCUGUUACGCAAAAUAAAUUAAAUUAAAUUCAAAAUUCAAAUUUUGAGACUUUAGUAAAUUUUUAGGAUUCACAGAAGACCACAGAGAAACUUCAGAAAGUACCAUACAUUUGUGUAGGCGUAUAGAUUAAGAAGUCAUGAUGACAUGUAGCAUACUACUAGGCCUUCCUAUACUCUAUAUUAUAUUCGGGGGUGGUAUGGUUUUGACUGAGCACAGCCAAGUGACUGCCUCACAUUGGACUUUUUUCACUCUCGAGAAACGUGAGCCCGCAUGCAGCUGAAAGGGCUGACUGACACCUUGUUCUAAAGUCUAAUUUUUGCAUUUGGUUUGAGCUCGCAAAUGGCCUAAUGUUAGGUUAUUUUGGGCUAUGUUCUCCCCAGUGGCGAUUUUAGCAUGUACAUCUUGGUGGGGCAAACUCCUCCAACAUGUUUUAGAUGCAUGCCAGCAAAGCCACUACACAACACAACACUAAACAAUACAUUAAUUGCACUAUAACGGUGACAAACGGUGCCCACAAACUGUUAGGGCCUACAUAAAGCAGUCCCAACACCUUACCACUGCUACACCUGGCUAUCUGCGGAGCCUUAUCUGGCAGCGAAUCAGUUCAUUCAGCCUCAUUUACUGCCUUUAAAAAAAACAUAGCUGAUAUGGCUGACUUGCUUAAACAAAUGUGGUUUCUACUGACAAUUGAGAUGUACAAACUAUGAUAUAAGGGGACGACGAGUGGAUAAGAGGCAAUCCGUAAUUUCGAUUAAGACAUUAAUGAGCAAGCUAGGACGGACCUAGUCAAUAUAACUAUUUGUUCAGCACUUUUGAAAUGUACAGCGACAGAAUUCAGAACAUGGGCUGUUCUUACAGUAUUCUCCCUGUACACCAAGUCAGAACCGUAUGAUAAAUAAAGGGGGCAUAUACGCAGACAAUGAAAGCUCUUACAAUAUUCGAUGAUGACAUUUCUCUAAAACAAGCUAAAGCCUACAUGUGCACCACCAAGUCAGAACAGUAUUCUAAGUUAUGAGGGGAAAAGGGACCAAGUUAUUAGGGUGAGGCACAAGGGCUACUUGAAAAAGAAAAGGAGAGCUGCACACUCUAGCAGCUCAAAUGCAAUAAUUUAAUGACCUGAUAACCAACGUUUCGACAGACAAGCUGUCUUCAUCAGGGUAUAAUGACAAACACUGCGGGUCACUAGUUUAUAUAGUGUCAAAGGACACACACAGGUGUCUGUAAUCAUGGCCGGGUGUGGCCUGAUAUCAUUGGUUAAUUCACAGAUAAACAGAACAUACAAAAAACAUGAAUAGAUAGCAUCCGAUCAUAGAUACAACUUGGCUACAUAGACCCACAAACAUUUACAAUGAAUAGCAAAAUCACAAUAAUCACAAGAAUGGCUUCAAAUCAAAUUCUAGGUUGAGACCGAAGGGAGCAAGGGUCUUUAAAUGAAAGAUCCAGGCAGCCUCUUGUUUUAACAAUAAGUUGUCCAGGUCACCCCCUCUCCUAGGGAGGGUGACAUGUUCGAUGCCGAUAUAACGUACGGGCGAAAUCGAGUGGUUAGCUUCCAAAAAGUGGGCAGCGACUGGGUAUGUAGAGUUUUUGUACCUAAUGGUUCUUCGAUGCUCCGAUAUUCGUACUUUUAAUUCGCGCUUUGUUUUUCCCAAAUAAUUUUUACCACAAGGACAAGUUAUAAGAUAAAUAACUGCCUUAGUGGAGCACGUAAUAACACCUUUAAUUGGGAUCUGUUUCCCUGUUUGGGGGUGUUUGAAGGAUCUACAUUUGUAAGUGCCAUUGCAUUGAGCGCAGCCAUUACACUUGUAGUUUCCAUCCGGUAGAGGCGCAAAUAGACGUUGUGCAGGGAUAUUUAGGGGUGGUAAAUCAGAGUUUAUCAAUUGAUCUCUGAGAUUUCUGCCCCGCGAGAAUACAACCAAGGGAGGGUCCGAAAACACAUGACCAAUACUGUCAUCGGAUCUUAGAAUGUGCCAAUGUUUGAACGAUUCCCUUAAUUUGUUCAGAGCACUUUGAAUAGUUAGAACGCAAGAAUGCUUCUUUUUGCGAGACUGUCCUUGAAAGAGAUCAGGGCCCGUAUCUCUAAAGAAUUUUUGUGCAAAAAGUGGCUCCUAGCGGCCAAAUUCUAAGAAAAUUCUCAGAGGCAUGACGUUUUCUUAGAAUUUCCCCUAAAAGUGACACGAAAAUCCCAGUUAAUAUAAAAGCUAUUCCUCAAGAGUCCUAGCGCUUAAAAGGGCUCCUAAGGCGAGAUCUGCUAAGAGCAGGGAAGAGGACUUUUAGUGGCUUAGGAGUUACCCUAAGCAGCUGCACAAAAUGGCCAACAGAGGAGGCAGGAGAGAUGUCCUGCAAACACUGGAUGACAGGGAAUUAUUGAGACGCUACAGAUUGGAUCGUGCAGGAAUCAUGUUUGUGGUGGAUCUCCUUAGAGAUGCAAUUACUUCACCAACUCGACGCCACAACGCUAUUACACCGGAGAAGAAAGUAAUCACAACCCUGAGGUAUUUGGCAACAGGGAAAAUGCAACAAUGCAGCAGUGAUGACUUGGGUCUGUCCCAAUCCUCCGUCAGCAGAGUCAUCACCCAAACACUGACAGCUUUGUCACAACCUAAUAUUGUGACACAAUUUGUUUCAUUCCCGCUGGAUGCCCGCACUUUACACACACAUAAAAGGGCAUUUAUGGACAUUGCAGGAUUCCCUGGCGUUGUGGGUGUAAUUGAUGGAACACAUGUGAGAAUAAUUGCGCCAUCAGAGGACGAGGCUGUCUUUGUUAACAGGAAGAAUUUCCACAGCAUCAAUGUGCAAAUAGUGUUCAAUGCGGCCUGGAAGAUUUUGGACAUUGUGGCUAAAUGGCCAGGCUCCACACAUGAUGCGAGAAUGCUCUCCGAGAGUGGCAUCAGACAGCUUUUUGAGAGACGCUAUGUGCCAGCUAAUUGCCACUUGUUAGGGGACAGUGGCUACCCAUGCAAACCAUGGCUCCUUACACCUUACCUCCAGCCACGCCAAGGGCCCCAACUAAACUAUAACAGGUAAGCCAAACAAUACAAAAAUCAUGGAAAUGAAAUGCAAGCAAUAUGUUAGAGCAUCCAAGUAGUGCAAUAUUUCCAUCAAAUAAUUAAAGGUCUGUAUUCUAUUGUAGGGCCCACAAGACAACAAGAGCGGUGGAGGAGCGUGGCAUAGGCCAGCUUAAGAGGCGCUUUCAUGUUCUCCACGGAGAGGUGCGGCUGAGGCCUGAAAAAGUCAGCAAACUCAUCAUAGCCUGUGCAAUAUUACACAAUAUUUGCAAGGUUAGACAGAUUGCAGAACCUCUGGAGGAUGGCGAUGAGGAUGAGGAUGGAGACAACGAUGAGGAUGGUGGUGAAGAAGAUAUUCACAUUCCACAGGGGAACCUAGCCCAGAGUGGACUGCCUUACAGGGCAAACUUCACAAAUUUACAUUUCAGGCAAGCUGUAGCCCCAUGUCAUUUGAGAACUUGUGAUGGUAUUAAGAACUACCACAGUUUUACUGCACAUCACCUGCAACUGUUAAAUGCAAGACACAGAACACAAUCUCUAAAUGGUUUAUUUUUUAGGUGUUCAAUUUUAAGGCGGUAGUACUCCUCCUGAAGGGAAAGGACUUUUUUUUGUUGUUCAAACACAUCAAUUGUGAGUUGCAAUCUUCUCUCCUGCAGGGAUGCUGACGGAGCAGGUGCUGCGGAUGGGAAUGGUGUUUGAUCCGCCGGGCUAUCCUGAGUAG